GAGAUGUCUUCGGUCCAGGGCUUCAGACAGUUCCUGGCGGAGCGGCUCAGCGCGGCGGCCGCAGAAAUACUCGCAGUGUUUGAAGUAACGAUCGUCCAGUUCGAGCAGGAGAUUGGUCUUCAGCGGAAACUGCUGGAAAACAGCUGGGAAGCGGAAGGAGAGGCUGGAGGAGCAGAGCUCCGGCAGCCCCCCGUCUGCAAGGAGGAGCAGCAGGAAGGGACGACGACCCGGGACCAGGAGACCCAGGACCCUCCAGAGACCAGGCAGGACGGACAGCCGCUGGUCCUGAAGCAGGAGACGGAGAGUUUGGAGAGUCCUUCCUAUGAGGACACUGUCCAGAGCGAGCAGCCAGGCUGUCAGGACUCCCCUUCCAGCAGCAGUCCAGAGGAAGCGGCGAGCCAGCAGGGAGGGUCAGCAGAGCUGCUGCCAGACCCCAGCAGGGACCGGGGUCCAGCAGGGACUCAGAGAGACGCCGUCUCCGGGAAGAAGCCGGCCACAUGUGAUGUGUGUGGGAAAGCCUUCAGGGACCAGUACCUGAUGAGGAGACACCGCAGAGUCCACACCGGAGAGAAGCCCUACACCUGUGACGCCUGUGGGAGGAGCUUCAGACACAGCUACCACCUGUCGGACCAUAAGAGAAUCCACACCGGGGAGAGGCUGCACGUCUGCUCCGCCUGUGGGAGGAGCUUCACCGACCAAUCACGGCUCAGAGUCCAUGCUUCAAUCCACACCGGGAACAAACCGUAUUCCUGCACAGUGUGUGGUAAAUGUUUCCGUCAGAGCAGUCACCGGAGCAUCCACAUGAGAACCCACAGCGGGGAGACGCCGCACCGCUGCCCACUGUGCGGGAAGAGCUUCUCCCAGAAGUCCAGCGUGAAAAGUCACAUGAGGAUCCACUCCGGGGAGAAGCGGCUCUGCUGUCAGAUCUGUGGGGAAACCUUUGAAUAUCAUCAUCUGAUGUUGUCUCACAUGAAAAGCAGACACAGCGGGCUCAGCUUCCAGCUGGGAGACGGCUUCCGUCCUCCAGACUGCUUCAGCAACAGCCCGUCCUGAUGAGACCUCUGGGCUGUGCUUUACUGCUGAGUAACUUCAUCAUAGGAUAGAAUAAAAUACAGUCAACAGUCUUUUAAAAAGCGUGAGAAAAACAAUCAGAGCACCAGACUCUGUUAUUGAAUUCAUUAAUUACUGGAUUGGAGCAUCUUUUGAGUGAAUGAAUGAAUUACUCAUGAUAACCACAAAUCAGCUGAAUGUCCAGAAUGACCCUUCAUCCAGAAAUAACCCAGUGAUCAUCCAGCCUCUCAGAGACCGCCUGACAGUUUCUACUGGACUUCUUCCAAUAAAACAUCCAGCAGGCGACUGAGGACAGAAGAAAUUAUACGUUCAUGUAAGGAUGACCUUUUUUUGCACAGACCUGGGAUGUAACAUACAAGGAAAGUGAUUUUUAUGAAGGAUUUUUCACUACAGUAGAACAGUAGAAACCCUCACUGCACCAGUCGACCAUGGAUCACUCAGGAGUUCUGCAUGGAAAAGAAAAAUCACUUCAAACAGACUCAGAAGGAAAAACAAAGGGAAUCAGAAAUUAAAUACAUAAAAUACAUUUACACAGAUCAGGGUUGGCAGACAAUGAUAAUCAUAAAUAAUCAUAAAGAAAUAGUAAUUUGAAGGGAUUAAAUGACAUUAAAAAUGGCUUUGGACAUGAUUCAUCCUCAGAGCUUCAUGGAUGAAACUUAAAGGUAUAAUACAGGAUUUUGAUUUCCGGGUGGAUCACCUAAAUAACUGGUGGGUCUGUUUGUCAAUCAUUCUGACGAGCUGCUUUCGUAAGGCGGUUCUUCGU